AUGGUUACGCACGCCAAAUUCCUCGGUGGCAACGUUGGCAACCCGGUUAAGAGAGAUACGGAUAGGCUCAAUGACAACCUGACGGCGGCGGAUCCAGCAGACAACGAUUUUGCCGCGCAUGUGGCGGAUCUAGACUUUAACAACGAACCCAAGGAAUUCUUGGACACAAAGUUUAUGGACUUCGCCGUCAAGCCUCGCGAGGAAUCACAUGUGGCAGCCCGCUCUGAGUCCAAGGACUUGUACUUGGCGCGCCGCCAGAUCCGCUGGGUCCUUCGGGGUUGCGUCCGGAGCAGAGAAGGCGACAAGGCCCCCAACGCCUUCGUCGAGGAAUGCACCUGCGAAGAGCAAAAUGGCGCGCAGGAGUACUACGUGGGUGACUUCACUAUCACCUGCAACGGGGAGAACGCCGCUACCGCGACCUGGGGGCGGGGCCCGCUGUUCAACGCGCUGGGCAGCCUCGUCUCCCACAUCCAGUCGCUGAACACAAACGGGUGGGGCAAUGUGGUGACGGUGAACUCCAACAGUCUCGGGACUGUCUUGUUCACUCCAGUUGGCGGUGGCUGGCGGUCGCGUCCUUCAACUGCUGAGGCUCGGUGCUGCCAGGAGGCGAUACAUCAUGUUAUUAAUGAGGGCUAUACAGGGCCCGUCUUUCCCGGACAAUGCAAUUGUGAUGGAGGCUUCACCAACGAUGACUGGCAAAUGCUGGUCAGCAAUCCGAUUGGUAUCCCGAGCUAA